AUGCCUCCCGGUCGCCCACCGAAGCGCAGCCGCCCCUCCCACCCACAGAGCGCCCCGUCGCCGGCUUCCAACCCAGAAGUCAGCUCAAAUGCACACGCAGCCACCCAUCACAGCAUCCAGGCCUCCUCGCCGUCCCACCCGCCUACCUCCUCUGUCUCUACCGACGACGGUGACGACGGCCACCCCUUGACCCCUUUUCUCAACACCACCUUUUCCACCCACCGACUGUCGCCCCUGCACGUCGGCCCCCAACCCCUUACACAAGACCGAAUACACACCCUGUCCCAUCGCCUUCGCGACUUCCUGGUUGGUGAUGUCGUGAGAGGUGUCGAGGUGGGACUAGAUCGUGCUGCCGAUGACGGCGCCAUGUCGAGGACCGGCGCCCUGGAGACCGUUGCCAUCGCCUGGGUCACGCUAGACGGCCUGAUCGGGCCCUGUCCUGGCAGGAACCAGCAGCAAGACGGACGGGAACGCGACCCCACGCUGGAUGGCGGGGACUCGGGUGAUGACCAAACUGGAGACGUGUCUGGCUCGAGCACGAGCACCGGCGCGUGGGCUUCGCCUGGCAAGACGAGGGGCCUACAGAUCUCGCUGCAGUAUGAGCAUGCCGAGUGUGCAGCGCUGCUACUGCCAUCCAUCCAGGACGCCGCGACCUCUGGAAAUGUGGCGGCAGACCACGCACCAUCGGCCCCUGACCCUCUACUCAACCUCGCCGUCGGCAGACCUGACGAGAAGGACCCUGCCUUCCUACACCUACCUCUCCUAUUACUGCGUAUGCCCGCACCUUUGAAAGCCGCCAUUAUCAGCUUCCUCAACCGCACCUUCGACUGUCGCGUCAGCUCCCUGAGCCUCGGCACUCAAAGUCUGGUGCGCGCUCUGGAGACGUGGACGGGCGAGCUUGGUCCCGAGACCAACCUCAACUCUGCCAGAGACGUGGUGCUCACGCUGGGAUUCCACCCUUCGACGGUGAUGCAGUGUCGGCGGCGGAGGCGGCAGCAGGAGCAACAUCAACAGCAAGACAUAGUCCAGAUCAAGCAGACGACUGGGUACGACGAUGCUCCAGAAGCAUCAGAGACCGCCUCGGGACUCAAGUCGAUCGACGUCAUCGUUCCCAGUGCCGACCUUCUGCGCUUUAUUACUGCAGGUAAGGCAUACGAGAUGGAAAAAUAUGCUCCCCCGGACCAGGCUCGAGACAAGCGCAGAAGGGCCGGCGCUGAGUGUAGAGACCCGUACAUCGAGGCGAAGCGCAGGAGAUUUGGAGGCGACAAGGACGAGGAGGGCUGGACCUGGAGGCGGUGGCCUGCUAUGUCGGAGCACUCUGGUAGCAGGUUCGAUUCUGGCCCGCCACAACCAUUCAUCGAGGCCUUGGCCCAGUACGUGCAGCAACAUCUCGCCCUUGACAUGUUCCACCCAGCAGUUCGGAUAUCCAAGAUCGCCUGCGGAGGCUUCGUGUUGUCCGAGGGGCGGGUCAAGAUUUUCGCCAUGCCUCCAAGCGUGGAUGGUAUUCCAGAUGCCAAGCAGAGGGCCACAUGGGGUGUCUUGGGUGGGCUCCUGGAGAAGGCCCGCGUGAAGCCACCAGACGAGAAGCCGCGUGGUGUGGUGGGAAGUCCGUCUGAUUGA